AUGGCGCGCCCACGAGCUGCGUCGGGCGCUGAUGCCCCCAAGGAACCCCAUGCCGUUUCCCUGAAAGUUCUUCGUCUCUCCCGACCGUCCCUCUCUUAUCAAUCCCCGCUCCCCGCCGCGAACACAAAGAUCUCCCCCAAGGCUUCCUUGAGCUAUCCAUCCGUCGACUCUGAUGACCAAUUCAUUCUUACACCUAUCCUCACCCUUCCCCCCGCAUUCGGAUCCGUCUAUGUCGGCGAAACCUUUGCCUGCACACUCAGCGCAAACAAUGAGAUCUCUACGAACGAAGUAGGUCGAGUCGUGACCUCCGUGCGCAUCGUUGCCGAAAUCCAAACCCCCUCCUCAGUCGCAACCCUCGAACUCGAUCCCGCCAGCGACACCGCUCAAUCAGAGGGUCUCCAAAUCGGCGAGUCCCUACAAAAGAUUGUGCGCUAUGACCUAAAGGAGGAAGGGAAUCAUAUUCUCGCCGUUAGCGUGAGCUAUACUGAGACCAGGAUUGGUGAGAAUGCUCAUGCGGCGAGCGGUCGUGUUCGCACGUUCCGGAAGCUAUAUCAAUUUGUCGCGCAGCCGUGUCUGAGUGUGCGCACCAAGGCCUCUGAAUUGCCGCCUUUGGAAGUGGAAAACAAGUCACUGGGUCCGUAUGGAAAGACUCGGUUGCUUCGGUUUGCCUUGGAAGCGCAAUUGGAGAAUGUGGGGGACGGUGCGGUGGUUGUAAAGCAAACCCGACUCAACCCCAAACCACCCUUCAAAUGCCAAUCCCUCAACUGGGACGCAACAUCCUCCGAUCCCUCCACAGCAAAACCACCAACCCUCAACCCACGCGACGUCCUCCAAGUCGCCUUCCUAAUAGAACAAGAAGAAUCCCGCACAGAAGGCAUCGAGGCCCUACAAAACGAUCUCCGCCGCGACGGCCGCGCCACCCUGGGCCAAUUAUCUAUUGAGUGGCGCGGCGCCAUGGGCGACAAGGGCUUCCUCACGACUGGCAAUCUGAUGAGCCGGAAACGUACCUGA